GAUAUGGUAUCUCAGAAAAACACAGUUGCCAACCACAAAGCUUUUCUUCGGGUUCAAGUACCUCCUGAAUACCACAGUGGUAAUCUGAUAGGCAAAGCUUCCAGCGGCAAUUAUUAUUUUAUUCCGUACAUCGUCACACCUUGUGCUGACUACUUUUGCUGUGAAAGCGAUGCCCAGCGAAGAGCUUCUGAGUAUAUGCAACCCAGCUGGGACAAUAUCCUGGGGCCAUUUUGUGUCCCACUGGUAGACAAGUUUAUCAGCCUUCUCAAGGAUAUUCAUGUUACAUCAUGUGCCUACUACAAAGAAACACUGCUGAGCGAUAUUAGAAAAGCUAGAGAGAAGUAUCAAGGAGAUGAACUGGCUAAGGAACUGGCCAGGAUUAAGCUUCGUAUGGAUAAUACUGAAGUGCUGACUUCUGACAUUGUCAUAAACCUGCUUCUUUCUUACAGAGAUAUUCAGGACUAUGAUGCUAUGGUGAAGCUGGUAGAAACACUAGAAAUGCUUCCUACCUGUGAUCUGGCUGACCAACACAACAUUAAAUUUCAUUAUGCUUUUGCAUUAAAUCAAAGAAAUAAUGCAGGUGACAGAGAGAAGGCACUACAAGUUAUGCUUCAAGUCCUGCAGACGUGUGAUCACCCUGCCCCAGAUAUGUUUUGCUUAUGUGGGAGGAUCUACAAGGAUAUGUUUCUUGAUUCUGACUGUAAAGAUACCGAUAGUCGAGAUCAUGCCAUUGAAUGGUAUCGCAAAGGAUUUGAACUCCAGUCAACUCUGUAUUCUGGAAUUAACCUUGCAGUUUUGCUACUUGUUGCAGGACAACAGUUUGAAAGCUCAAUGGAACUGAGAAAAAUAGGUGUACGGUUAAACAGUUUAUUGGGAAGAAAAGGAAGCCUAGAAAAAAUGAACAAUUACUGGGAUGUGGGACAGUUCUUCAGUGUGAGCAUGCUGGCUAAUGAUGUUGGUAAAGCAGUACAAGCAGCAGAGAAACUUUUUAAGCUGAAACCUCCAGUGUGGUACUUGAAAUCAUUAGUUCAGAAUCUGAUGUUAAUUCAGCGUUUCAAGAAACUCACCAUAGAACAUUCUCCUAGACAAGAAAGAAUGAAUUUCUGGCUAGAUAUAAUUUUUGAGGCAACGAAAGAAACAACUAAUGGACUGAGAUUUCCAGUUUUGGUGAUAGAACCAACUAAAGUCUACCAGCCUGCAUAUGUUUCAAUCAACAAUGAAGCAGAUGAGAGAUCUCUCUCUCUGUGGCAUGUCUCUCCCACUGAAAUGAAACAGAUUCAUGAAUGGAAUUUUACAGCUUCUUCCAUUAGGGGAAUAAGCAUUUCCAAGUUUGAUGAACGAUGUUGUUUUCUUUAUGUCCAUGACAACUCUGAUGACUUUCAAAUCUACUUUUCUACAGAAAACCAGUGCAGUAGAUUCUGUGGGUUGGUGAAAGAAAUUUUGUCUGAUGCAGUUGGCAGUACUUUGGAACUAGAAGGAGAAAUAGAUGGAGACACAUUGGAGUAUGAAUAUGAUUAUGACGAGAACGGUGACAGGGUAGUUCUAGGGAAGGGUACUUAUGGAAUAGUUUAUGCUGGAAGAGACCUUAGCAAUCAGGUCCGAAUAGCCAUCAAAGAAAUACCCGAGAGAGACAGCAGGUAUUCUCAACCUCUUCACGAAGAGAUAGCACUGCAUAAAUACUUAAAACAUCGAAACAUUGUCCAGUAUCUUGGAUCUAUUUCAGAAGAUGGAUACAUAAAGAUUUUUAUGGAGCAGGUGCCAGGAGGCAGCCUCUCAGCUCUCCUAAGAUCUAAGUGGGGCCCAAUGAAAGAACCUACAAUUAAAUUUUACACCAAGCAGAUUCUGGAAGGCCUUAAGUAUCUCCAUGAGAACCAGAUUGUACACAGAGAUAUAAAGGGGGAUAAUGUUUUGGUGAACACCUAUAGUGGUGUGGUAAAGAUAUCUGAUUUUGGUACUUCCAAACGGCUGGCAGGAAUCAAUCCAUGCACCGAAACAUUUACAGGAACCUUGCAGUACAUGGCUCCGGAAAUCAUUGAUAAAGGACCACGAGGAUAUGGUGCACCAGCUGAUAUCUGGUCACUGGGUUGUACCAUUAUUGAAAUGGCAACAGGCAAACCUCCAUUUCAUGAACUAGGAGAGCCUCAAGCAGCAAUGUUUAAAGUUGGGAUGUUUAAGAUUCAUCCUGAAAUUCCAGAAUCACUGUCCGCUGAAACAAGGGCCUUUAUUUUGCUCUGUUUUGAACCUGAUCCUAGUAAACGUGUUACAGCAUCUGAUUUGCUCAGAGAUUCCUUCCUGAAACAAGUAAACAAGGGCAAGAAAAGCAGGAUUGCAUUCAAGCCGUCAG